UUUCCCUUUCGUGAUCGUGAGCUUUUUAAUUUAACUUUAUAUUCCCUAAUUUUGUAUGUUGGUGUUGUCAUUACCUUUAAAAGACUCCUUAAAUAUAAUACCAAACCUUUGGCAGCACUUGGUAAAGCUCGUCACUAAUAAAUAAUGUGCUCUUGAAUUAUCAUUGAUUUAAGUUUCUGUUUGCCGAUGGCAUUUAGUGAAUAGACCUGGUUGCAAAGGAUCCUAAUUUAACAUCAGUUUCGAUCAAAACAUUAGGUAUCAUGGCAGAGAGACAAAAAAUACUUGUUGCUGGGAAUGUCAAUGGCAACUUCAAAACCCUUUUCAAUAGAAUAAACUCAAUUGUUAAGAAAAAUGGCCCUUUUGAUUUCAUGCUGUGUGUUGGUGACUUUUUCUCUGCAUCGGAUGAUAGUUGGGAACCUUACCGAACUGGUCAUUUGAAAGUGCCUCUACCAAUCUACAUUCUGGGACCCACCAAUGCUAACCUUGUCAAGUAUUAUUCUGACCUAAAUGGAUGUGAACUGUGCCCCAAUGUGAGCUAUCUAGGCAAACAAGGAAUUUUUCGGAACAGCGCAGGUUUAAGAAUAGCCUACCUAAGUGGAGCUGAAAGUGUAGAUAAAUCAGACGUCACUUUCACAGCUAAAGAUGUCACUACCCUCAGAGACAACUGCAUAAAGGGUCAACCAUCUUACCUUGGGACUGAUAUCUUGAUAACAUCAUGUUGGCCUGAGGAUAUCACUAACUUAGAUCCCUCUCCGGUUGAAGAUCCGCCAAAAGGCUCAUUUUGUGUUUCAUGGUUAGAUGUCCAGAUCAAACCUCGCUACCAUUUCAGUCCAUCUCCUCAUAAAUAUUAUGAGAGACCACCUUACAAGAAUGUUGGAUCCCCCCAUGAACAACACUGCACAAGGUUCAUAGCGCUGGCUGAUGUGGGGAACACUGGCAAAGAUAAAUGGAUCUACGCUCUGAGCAUUGAGCCAAUUGACAUGAUGCUGAAGAAAGACUUGCUUACAGCAACAACCGAUUCAACAAACUGCCCAUUUAAGGAGCAAUGCUUUUCCCAAAACUUGUCAGCUGACAGACCAGAGCAAUUUUUCUACAAUAUGAAUUCCUCACAAGAUGAUGGCUACCAGCGCAAAAAGCGGAAAUAUGAUGAUAGUUUUGACAAGAAACGACCAAAAAUUAAUUUUGAUCAAUCAAAAUGUUGGUUUUGUCUGUCUAGUCCAGAUGUAGAAAAACAUUUGAUCAUCAGCAUCGGUGAAGAGGUGUAUUUAGCUUUAGCCAAAGGUGGUUUGACACCAGAUCAUGCUCUCCUGCUUCCCGUUGCUCAUCAUCAGUCAACAAGUGACAUGCCUGCGUCCAUUCAAAAAGAGCUCAAUCAAUUUAAACAAGCUUUGACCAAAAUGUAUGAAGGCCAAAACAAAGUUCCUGUAUUUUUUGAGCGGAAUUACAAAACUUCUCACCUCCAAGUUCAAGUGAUUCCAGUCCCCUCAAAAUUUGAAGACAGGUUGGAGAAUAUUAUUCAGGAUAACGCUGAAUCUCUUGGAUUCACUUUAGACGAGUUACCUCCUCAUGCUGAAAUGAGACAAGUGGCACCUCCAGGUACCCCUUACUUUCUCCUAGAAUUGCCAUCCGAAGCUCGAUUGUACCACCGCAUCAAGAAAAAUUUUCCAAUCCAGUUUGGGAGGGAAGCUAUAGCUUCUGAGAUCUUUGAUGCUCCUGAAAAAGCUGACUGGAAACAGUGCGUUGUAUCAAAAGAAGAAGAGAUCGAAUACGUGAAGAAAUUCAGACAACUAUUUGAACCUUUUGACUUUACUCUAACGCAAUGAAAAUUUGCAACAAAGUCAGCAUUAGGUUUCUUAAACUCACAGGCCUUUGCACCACCACUUUGAGUGUCCUCACAACUGCUUUUUAAAAAAUAAUUGGUUUUAAACUGAAUCAGCCUUUACGA